AUGCUGCCCCCCGCCAUGAAGGGCCUGGGCCUGGUGCUGCUGGCCGCCCUGCUGUGCUCCGCGCCCACUCACGGCCUGUGGUGCCAGGACUGCACGCUGACCACCAACUCCAGCCGCUGCACCCCAAAGCAGUGCCAGCCCUCAGACACCGUGUGCGCCAGCGUCCGCAUCACCGACCCCAGCAGCAGCCGGAAGGACCAGACGGUGAACAGGAUGUGUGCCGCCUCCUGCGACUUCGUCAAGCGGCACUUCUUCUCCGACUACCUGAUGGGCUUCAUCAACUCGGGCAUCCUGAAGGUGGACGUGGACUGCUGCGAGAAGGACCUGUGCAACGGCGGGCCUGGGCCGGGCGGCAGCCCCUGGGCCCUGGCCGGGGGGCUCCUGCUCAGCCUGGGGCCCGCCCUCCUCGGGGCUGGGCCCUGA